AUGUACACGCAGUCCGAGAAGCUGCCCAUGCAUGGGCAGGAUCGCAUGCACCCACAAACACGAUACGACCCACCUAGCCACCCGCCUCCUCAAUACGAGCAAACCCAGUACGGACAGCCUCAGUAUGGACCUCCCCCAACAGGACAACCUCAUUACGGACAAUCACAAUACGGCCAACCUCAAUAUGGUCAACCCCAAUAUGGUCAACCUCAGUACGGACAGCAACAAUAUACCCAGCCCCAAUAUGGCCAGCCGCAAUAUGGCCAACCUCAGUAUGGCCAGCCACAGUAUGGGCAAACACCGUACGGACAGCUUCAGCCCGGUCCCAACCCCAUGUUUGGAGGGCAACCCACCCCAGACCCCCGAUACGACUCACAAGCCGGGAUGGCCACCAUGGGAGGGCCAUUGCCUCUUCCCGUCGUGAUCCCACAGCAGCGCCCAGGGUCUCAGGAGCGAGGCUUCAUGGCCGCCUACGCACCAUCCCUAGAGUCGUGCGGCAUCGACCAAAGGUCGUUCCUGCGCUUCAUCGACGAGACCAACACAGCCCUAGAGGGCAACAAGUACCUCGCCGGUGUGCAAGUAGUCUCUCUCGGCGUGGGCUUCACCCCCGAGGUCAUCGUCAUGGGCGUCGCCGCAGCAGUGCAAGCAGGCGCCUGGGUAGCCAACAAGGGCUACGUCAGAGGAAAGACCAACAACGUCAUGGACAAGUACAACCGCGAGCUUUUCGCCCCUAACGGUCUGUUCUGCAUGAUCAUGAAACAUGAUCCGGAGCUCAAGGAGCCCAAGAACUCCAGCCGUCUGAAGCAACUCGCCUCAAUGGCUGUCAACGGCUCAAGCAAUGGCGGCGGCAGCGCAUGGAUGCGUAACCACAUUUCCGGCUCGACGCAGGGACCUGGUGGUCUUCCUAUAGCCGUCGCACCGCUUGUCUACAUGGACAACCGCCGCCAACACAAGAACUACCUGUCCGAUUCUCCGUCGGAGUCACCGGCCCCGGAGAGGGAUGUCGUGCCCCCAACCGGAGGCAAAGUUUCAACCAAGGAAAAGGCCAAGAAGGCCUUUGACAACUUCAACGACUACCUCGACCGUCGCGCUCGCGCAAAGUACAUGGCCGAGAACGGCAACGACGCGCUGAGCGGGCCGGCGGGUCGUGGCUUCAGCAAUCGUUACCUGGACCCCAAUCAUCCGGCCGUCAACGGAGGUCUGAUUGGCGUGCUUUCCGGCGGCGUGCUGAGUCCUACCCCGGAGCAGCGUGCGCAGAAGAAGGCCGCUAGAAUUGAUGAAGAGGAGAGGAGAGUCCUUGACGAAUACAACGACCGGAAGGAGCGCAUCCUGAACGAUCGACGCAGCCAAUCCGAGACAGAUCGCGAGCUGAGAAGGUUAGACAAGGACUACGAGCCUCGUCUGGAGGUGUUCCGCAAGAAGAGAAGGGAGCUGGAAGGUGGCAAACGAUCCAUCAAGAGCAACAUUCUAUACCUGAUGAUUGUCAACCUUCCUUCAGACGCCACUCUUGCUGCUGCUUCGUCAAAGCUGGACCAGGAAUAUGGUCAUAGUGUCUCUACGGAGACGAUGCCACCACCAGCGUAUUGA